AUGAAACCAAAAUUGUACCUUAGCUUCUGUCUCCUAGCCGUCGUCGUCGGCGCUACGGAUACGCACCUCGACAUCACCGUCUCCAACAUCAUCUCUACGGGCUUCGACCUCCUCAACUCCAUCCGCAAUCCCAUCGAGCUGUUCAACUUCGUGUUUCGCUUCGUCCAGGACAUCUCGGACGCCGGCACCAGCAGUCCGAGUCAGUUCACCGACGCGGCUCUCCACAGAAUCAGCGACAAGCUCGAGGAGAUGUCCGAGGACAUACAGGACUUCAGGGACGAGCUGUUCGAGGAACUGAGACGGCGCGAGGCCGACCAAACGACCACCGAGAAACUCGACAAGUUCUUCGAGUUCAAGGAGAAGAUCGACGACUACUUCGAGACCUUCAAGAGACAUAUCAACUCCAGCACCGCCAAGCACUAUCUGCCCUCGACCAAGGACCAUCUCAUACAGCAGAUCAGAUCGGUCGGCUACAACGGAGUGACGGGUCUGCUGCAGGAGAUGCACGCACUGGUGGGCACCGAUCGCUGGUCGCCCGGCAGUUUCAAUCUACUGGCCGACGAUAAAUUGCUGGGCACGUUGGUAUGCUCGAGAGGCCGUCCACAGCAGCUCAUCAUUUACAAUGUUUUCCUGGCCCUCUGCGCCACCGAGAUCAAGGGCAUCACCCUCGACGUGUACGCUAUUGACGUGAGCUCGAAGAAGGAAGGAGUCGAGAAUCCCGCGGAGUUCAACGACAUCAAGCAGGCGUACGUGAAAAGGUUGAACAAAGCCGUGACGGCCGUUCGGCGAGCCAUGAGCACGGCCUCGCGCUCCUUUUGGGACUGCAGCAAGGACGAACCCGAAGAGGGUGUCAAUUACAUCCAGUUCGGCCGAUUUCUUCAGAGAUACAUCGAGCGCGAGGAGAACCUCGAUCAGAUUCACGACGCCAGUGCCGGUGGCUUGUACUGGGACAAGUGCAAGGGGGGCUGCGAGCGUCACGAGUACAGCGUCACUCGCACCCCGGCCCAUCGUGGCGGCUGCGAGCAUCGGAUCAGAAAUUGCGAAACUUUCGAUCAGAAGAUCAACGUUUGUUACGCGGAGCCUGGCCAGCCUCAGAGGUACGAGUACGUGGAGAGCGCCGACGGCAACUUCUACGGUAGCUCGGUGGACUGCGGAGAACGGGAGUUAUCUUUGAAACAAUGGCGCAAUGGUAACUUAUACGAUUGCGAAAUUUGCCUGUGCACCUGCGACGAGCCCAAAGUUCACGACCACUUCAUCGAUCUCCACAUGGUCAGGGCCAAUGCGAAAGAGAACGAAGUCAUAGUCGGGCUUCGCUUCCGCAUGAAGCUCGGCCUAUUAUUCAUGGAGGCAAAGGUAGCCAAACUCUUGCCCUCGGGUCAGAUCGACGUCGAGAGCCAAAUAUGGAAGAGGAAAAAGUUCACGGCCAAGGACGCCCGGAGGAGCGUCGUGGGCGUCGACCAUCUGCAGCUGGGCUGGGAGAACAGAUCGUUCGUCCUGGACGACGUGGAGCUCGGCAACGAUUACGCGCUGACCGGCGUCCGAUUCGUUUACAAGAACGGUUUCAUCAAGCUGGCGGCGCGCGGCCACAAGUACAACUUCAAACGCGGCAGGAUCAAUCCGAGAAAGGAGAAGUGGAUCGUCAGCGGCGAGGACAGACCCAACAGCGAUUACGAGGAAUUUUCGGUGGAAGAUCGCGCCGUACCGACGGAUUAUCGAGAUAACAAGGUCGACUCGUCCGGAGCGGUGCAAUACGUGAACUUGACGACGAGCGGCAUGAAGAGCGACGUGGGCCAGAGUCUGGUGCCCUUCGUCGACACCGUGCCCGUGGUGACGAAACAGCUGAUACCUCUGGCCGGAUUCGGAUUGAUUCACAAGGGCAAUCGGAAAUCCGCCGGUUAUCUGGCGCUCAAGCUGAUCGGUUACGAUUUCACGGAACACGUUGCGCUUACCAAGAACUGAUGUGAAAUCAUUCAGUCAGCGAUGAUAAUAAAGAAAGAAUGAGUACUGGACAAGGAUUAUCGACUAAAUCAAUAAUUUUCAAUUUGUAUCGAUAGUUUUCCAAUCGGAGUUCAAAAAAUAU